UGAUGACGCUACUCAUCAAACAACACCGUUCUGUGUCGAGAAGAAGGGCUUUUUCUCUGCUCUGAAAUGAAGUUUUUUAACAUCUUCGGACUUCUACCGACCGUUGGUGUGUCUGUGGCUGGGACCUGCUCGGAGUAUACGAUAACGAAGAGUGCUGAUUCCACCCUACACCAAGCUUAUCUGUACCAGAGCCUGACACUGUCCACCUUGAUAGAAUGUGCCUCCUACUGCCUGAGGGAGGCCAAGUGUAAAGCCCUGGCCCACUCGUCUUCACAGACUUGUAAACUGUUCACAAGAUCUAAGGAGGAUGAUCCAAGUCUGGUCCAAACGGAGACCGGGACAUACUACGCCACUAAAUCCGACCUCCCCACGGGUAUCGCUGGGACGUGCAGUGGACACGUUUGUGGAGAGGAUGACCUCUGCGUUCAGUCGGACUCCACCUACCGAUGUAUUCCCGUAUAUGGAGGUAAGCGUUGCUCUGAACCACUUGGGGUGACAAACGCAGUGGUGGACUUUGCUGACCCCGAAACCUAUCCCUGGGACACGGGGGACAACUUGAGAUUCAACUGCAGCGGAAAUGUCGCUCCCACCGGGGGCCCCUCAGUGAUGACUUGUAUGGACACUGGCAUCUGGAGCUAUUCCUUUUCAUGUUAAAAUUGAAGGCGUCUAUUGUGUACUCAUAUAUACGGACACCUGGCAA